GGAUUUCAGGGCAAACGUUGAGGUCUGCAAAAGUGAAUGCGGGGGAAGCCGUUUCCCCAUACAAACUGGGCUGAAUCUCCAAAACAACCAAACAACCUCGAAAAUACUCAGAAAGACCGUUGACAUACGGCAAAGUCAGGGUACGACUGAUUUAAGCAUUUUCAAAUGCGAAAGAGCCUCCAUCGCACCUUCCUCGCCAUGCUCUGCUUCCCCGGCCUACUAACACAACUCACACGAGCACCAGCCAUGAAGCCUCAACCCCAACUCAUGUCGCUCUUUACUCAAACCCUAUCGAUACUCAAUCCCUUAUCCAUUACCAAUGGCGAGACUCAUUCUCUCGCUCCUCCCUAGUCUCUCCCUCGUCGCAUCCUCCGCCGCUUCGGCCCUCCCACCCACCACCACAACCCCGAACAUCGAACCGCGAGUCCCAAGCCACUACCCCUGCGACUGCUUUCUCGUCUCCGGCCCCAACCCCGGCUACUUUACAGAUUACAAGUUCUGGGACUUCCGCAGCGUCCCUCUCCCCUACAGCCUCAACCAUGGCGCCUACAGCGCGGCCACCGCAGAUGUCUGGGAAGCGCAGACCGUCCCGCUCUCGCAAUCUCCCUUCAAGACCGACUGGCAAGCUCAGUCCUGGAGCCGGCACAAGACACUGGAUAGCAUCGUGCCCAUGGUCAACUCGGACCUGAACGCCUUCUUCGCGGGCCACCCGCAGAUCCCGGAUACCAGCCAGCUGGUGCUCCGCACGACACGUCUUUCGAACUAUUCGUCCACCGCCGAGAUUGAGAGCCUGCAGGGGAACUUCUAUCGCUGCUCGCUUCGAAUCCGCAUGCGGCUUAUGUCGCGGGAUGCGAUCUCGCACUCACCAUUCGAGCCGAGUCCAGAUGACGAUCAGGUGCCCAAGGGUGCUUGCGCGGGGAUCUUCACGUAUCGCUCAGCGACCUGCGAGUCGGAUCUGGAAAUCUUGACAUCGGAUCCCGCGAAUACCGUUCACUAUGCGAAUCAGCCGGACUAUGACCCUAUCAACGAUAUUAUCAUUCCCAACGCCAGCGACGUCGUCACGACCUUGCCGUCUCCGUGGUCGUCGUGGAUUACCCAUCGCAUGGACUGGCUCUCGAAUUCCACGACCUGGUACGUUGACGAUCAGCUGCAGGCAAACAUUACCUACCGUGUACCGGAUCGGCCGAGUAUUCUCGCCCUGAACCUGUGGAGCGAUGGCGGGAUCUGGACCGGGGAUAUGAAGAUCGAUGAGAGCGUGUACAUGGGAAUUGAGUGGAUAGAGAUUGCAUUCAACACAUCGACGGCCGGCGUUCCCCCAAUCGAGCACAAUCAGAGGCAACACCAUCGACCGUGGAAAAGGGAGAGGAGGAACUCCAAUGGGAAACGACAGCUGUCGGGCGAUGACGCUGCCUCGGGGAGGUGCGAAAGACCGUGCUACUUGGAUAGAAUGCAGUAUUAUUAG